UGUAUAAUACUACAACGAUUAUAAGCCUCAAAUCUUAACAAAUUUCUAGUGCUAAAACAAUCAAUUAAAAAAUCUCAAUUGAUGCUUUAUUGAGUUUUCCCAGAGCCUUGAAGUAUUUUUUUAGUAUAAAGUCGGGUUUCCUGUGUGGCGAAGAAAACGAAAGCGAGGCUGGUAGAGCAACAAACAAGAAAAAUGGCGGACGGUGUUGGCUAAUGCCAUUCUCCUAAUAAAUGGAGCGCUUGGAUGCUCAAGAUCUCAGCCGAUUAAAGCCUACCUUGGCGGCUGGCUCUGUCUGUGUUGUUCUUUUUACGUUUCAAUUUUUCAGAUGUAUUCCUCUUGUCAUCGCAUUAUGGGUUCUUGCUUCAGGGAUAGCAGCUGGUUUUGUAUUAUUCAGCUGUUUUCCUCGUUUGCCUUGUUUGCUGCUGAACAUUGAGCCAAGGAUUUGGGUUAAAUAUGAAGAUGAUGACAAACUUCUCACCCCUCAAGGAUGUACAAUAUGUGGGAACCCCCACUGUCAGAGGCACAGACCUGAAAUUGCGCUGGUGAAAAUUCAGCCAUGGCAAAACUUGAAGAUUCCAGAGUCUGUCGAUAAGGCUAUCGAAGAGUUUCUGGAUCUUGUGCUAAAGAAUUUUGUUUACAGUUGGUACAGUGAAGUUAGCAGUGAUGAGAUCUGUGUUGAUGAGCUAAGGACAAGCUUGAGAUACAUAACAUCUGUACUACUACGAAGAGCCCGGAAGGUUGAUAUCCCAACUCUGGUAACAGAUAGACUAAUCAAGGAAGGAUUGAGACAUUUUGAUAACUACAUCAAAGCAAAAGAGCGUGUUCUAUCAUCUGAUUAUAAAGAAGAUAUUCAGACGGCAAUCAUGGAUGAACUAGCUCCCAGCAUGCAUUGCGCCAUGUAUAGCCGCCAUGCAGAGUUGCAGUACCUGAGGAAAAUUGCAGAAUCUGUGCUGCCGCAGCUUUUGCCUCCACAGUCCUUGCACUGCAGGAGUCUAAUGUCUUUGCUGAGAGAGCUUUUGUCUGGAGCUGUUCUUCUAACAGCAAUGGAUAAGCUGUCAGAUCCAGACUUUGUGAACAAUUUGUGGUUGGUGUUUUUGGACAAGAAUCCAAUGGUAGCCUCCUCUGAACUGCCCUCUGAUUUGGUACCAAUCUUGUCCAAGUUUAGUCGACCCAGAGCACCAAUGAGAAACUCUGCUCUUCAUUUAUCCCUGGCUGAUAUCCUGCACACACAGUCUGUUUUAUUUCCAUUCAUGCAGUUCAUGAGAAAAGAAGCUGCGUUAAAUGUGCUUCAAUUUUGCCUUACUAUAGAGGAUUUUAAUAAGCGUUUUUUCGCUCCUGACCUUACUCAAGAAGAGGCAGACUCCUUGUCGAAAGAGGCACAAGAAAUGUUCAAGAUGUAUUUUGAGGUUAAUGCACUGGAUAGGAUAAACUUUGAGCCCAAUAUUGUUGAAGGUUUAAAACAAUCUUUGGCAGCCCCUGUCAACAAAAUGGAACGACUAAAGAUGGCCGCGCUUUUAUCCAAGGCUUACGAACAUGCGUAUAACCUUCUUGAAGGAACGUUCAUCCCGAUGUUUUACCAAAGCGACGACUAUUUUUCACUGUUGUGUGGUAGUCGCCUUCCUGCUAAGCCCCUCCCCCGACCAGCUGCGAGAGCUUCCAAAAAGAAAUUCGACCCUCUAGCAGAUUUAUCCAAGCUUGCAGGAAAGAUUCGAGAGAAAGUGUUUAACCCUACUAGAGAGGAACGAGCCUUUUAUGAAGAAGACCCUUAUGACGUCAUUGACACCCCUCCAGAGUUUGUCAUAGAAAGUUAUGCGGAAUCUACCGCUGACCAGGACCUGCUAUCAGGUAGCGAACAGCGCGAUCUCAGCACGUGGAAGAUCACCAUUCCGCACGUGAUCAUGGAGACGAAACACAAAUGCAUCUAUAUAAUAUCCGUGGGAAGAUCAAUUGUUACUGAUGGUGGUGACAGGCGGUGGGACGUUGCAAGACGCUAUGGCGAGUUUUAUGUUCUCCACAGCAAGCUGAGGGCUUUUCAUGGAGCCAUUGAUGAUACGUAUCUCCCACCGAAAAAGAGUAGCUCCAAGAUGUCUAGCGUCAAGAAGCCGGCCACGUACUAUGAGUCUUGCCGACAACAGUUUGAGAGAUAUUUGCAGUAUCUUUCAGGAAACCCGCUACUAAAGGGAAGCGCAUUAUUGUACAACUUCCUGUCCCCGGAGAAGGAAUUUAGUGAAAUGUUUGGACCAAGCUCGGUUGGAAAUUUGGCAGGAAAGACGUUCAAGUCGGUGACUACAAUUUUCACAAAAGAGAAAGGCCAAAAUCUAGACCACUUUCUGAGCGCAUUUCAAGCCUCUACUGAAGAACCUGUAAAACGAAGGCCUCCUGUUAGAUCACUUUCGGUUGAUGCUGGUGUACAGACAAAUGACUUUGGCCGUAAAGAGGAACAGUGUUACCCCGAUCGAAGUAGAAGCUAUGGCGUGAGCUCCGAUGCAAAUGUAAAGAACAUAGACAAUUCCAAGACCCAGUUACAGCUGACUGGAGUGACAGAAUAUGUGAUGUUUGUAGCUAAUCGCCUGUUCAAGUUACCGAGUUGGAUGCUUCAUCUCAUGACAUGCUUUCAAAUUGUCGGCCAAGCAUCUCUCAAUUUCUUCGCAGAUAUAUACCUGGGUGAAAAGGUUGAGCUACUAAAAGACGAAUAUCGACUUGUUAUGAUCAUUCAUUUGUUGCGGGAUGCCAUUUUCUUUGACCAAGAUCCCCCAAGGACCGACGCAGAUAAGAUAGAAAGACGCGAACAGACGCUAAUUGAAAUGCUAGAUUUUAUCCCUGAGCCUGUUGUUCGAAUGAUGGGUGGUCAGCGGCAUCAUAACGGAAUGGUUUUGCUGCUGGAGCUGUUCCAGCAUCCAAAACUGAACAAGCAGCUUGCUUACGUAUUACUCGACGUUUUGUUGGAAGAAAUGUUCCCCGAACUUUCGCAAAAGGAUGGAAAUAUCGAAGACUCAAGCUAACAGCGGGACCCACCAGAUCACAUGCUCGCGCAUCGGGGUCCACCCCACACACUUCCUUGGGGCAUGCUGGGAAAGAGGAAAGGGCCCUGGAUACGAAGGCACAUACAUCACUUUAUAACGUCCCUGUCAGCAAGAAUGUCCCGUUUCUGCCUGAAAACGAGACGGCCUCAUUUUGGUGAUGUGUUUCCUUGAUGUGGAAAAGUGGAAUUAUAUCGUACAAUACAAUUUUUUAAAGUUCAUACAAUUUUUUUUAAUAAUUAUGAUUAUUAUGAGUUCUAUUUUGAAAGAUGUUAUUUUAUAAAGUGUGAAAUUUAACAGCACACUAGCGUACACACAUUGGCACCAAUCGGGCCAAGACGGGACGCUAGCACAGUCUAUUACCCGUGCAGUUUGGCAACCAUGGACAGCUGUUUCGUCCUUAUUGGGACUCGUGUGUAUGCUAGUGUGCUUUACAAGUCUACAUUUAUAAACUGUGUUGCUCUUUCAUUUUUGUCCCCGGGACUAUUAGCAGAAAUUAAAAUUAUUUUGAUAAACUGGACAAGGCUUAGGGCCACUUGCACUGAGAAGUCACCUGACUUUUUGGGUGGCAAAUUCCAGUCAAAAUAAACACAGAAAUGACUGCGCCCGUCACGCCAGAGAACGACGAAAAUAUAAAAUCUUUCGAUAAAAAAUAAGCCCUUUUUGAAGUCAAAAUAAACACAGGAUAAACAGCUGAAUAAGUUGUUUUUGUUAUUUUGCCUCUAAAAGCCGGAGCGCGGGUGUUUGACAACAACAAAGUCACGUGAUUUCUAAGUACAUGUAGUAUAUUCAACCACGAGUGACGGUUUCGCCUCAUGCUUGACACUGCCUUGGGCUGUACAUAUGUUUUGUUAGUAUAGACUGCUUGCAAGUUCCCAUACGGAGUUACUUGGAUCGGGAUGGAACGGAACUAUGCUUGUUUUUGAAUAUUGGGUGUCCUGUGGCGCGCUUAGGGACGAGGUGCACUGGAAUGACUUGUGUUGCGCACCCUCGGCUCCAGUGCUCCUCGGACUUCCCGAAUAACACCAAAUUGAGAGCCGGCUAGCAGGUUAGUCAAAGAAAAAAAGGAGUGCAAUGCAUGAUGAGAAGUCAUAUUUUCCAUAUUUUCGGAAAAUGGAAACAUGGAAGGAUUGUGGUUAAAACAAGUAAAACCGCCCAAUUAUGAA